GCCCAUCUUGGUUACUGUGGGCUUGGGCCUAGAGUUGACGAGCGGUAAAUUUAAAUUUUUUUUUUUUUCUGGUAAAGCAAAUUAGGAUUAUAAAUUUUCAAUAGUUAUUGGUUGGACUUGAAGGGGAGAGUGAGAAAAGGGAAAAGGGGAAAACGGUGGACUGGACAGACUGGAGUAGAGAAAGCUGUUUUCCCCUUUUGUUUCCUCCACCACACCCGAGAGAGAGAGCUCUCCCUCUUGCUCUCUGCCAAAAAAUCACAGCAGGAAAGCAUCACCAGGAACGAAGCGAAAUCAAAUUGACGAGGAAAUGAAUACUUCCGACGACGCCAAGCGAAGCAUCUCCGGGAAUCUACCACCGAAGUCCGGCUCCGAUGAUCGGAGACUCGUGCCCGUCGAACCCGCCGCUGCUCCCGUCGUCGGCAAGAAAAUCGUCAUCAAGAACGCGGACAUGAAGGAGGACAUGCAGAAGGAGGCUGUGGAGAUUGCCAUCUCCGCGUUCGAGAAGCUGAAUGUGGAGAAGGACGUGGCGGAGUACAUAAAGAAGGAAUUCGACCGGAAGCAUGGACCUACUUGGCAUUGUAUCGUUGGCCGGAAUUUCGGUUCAUACGUGACCCAUGAGACGAAUCACUUUGUGUAUUUCUACUUGGACCAGAAGGCGGUCUUGCUCUUCAAAUCUGGCUGAGGCCGCCCCCACAUUCCCCAGUCGCAGCAGCAGCGGCACACACAUCCAAUAUGGCAUGGUGGCGACACCAUGAACUAUCGAUCAUGCCUUGUACGUAUUAAAAAGACCCAAAACCAGAAAAAUUUUCUUGCUAGCAUUUUUGUUGUUGUGUGGAUGGAUCCAUUUGUGUAUAUCUCUUUGAUUAUUGGUUUUCAGCUACGUGAACUACUCCAAGUUUAAUCUUCCAUGCCUUCUGUCCGUUCCCCGCUUGUCUCUUCUUUUGUUAUCUGCUGCCUCUGCUGUCGUUGUAGGCAGUCAUAUAUUCCUCUUAUCACAUGAAGUUUGGAACCAAAUUUCUGCCUGCCGAAGUGUCAUUUCUGUUCACCCUUAGCCACCCAUUUCCAGGAGUUAAAAAUGCAAAGAGCAGAACAUGUUCAGAGUGUUGUUGGCUGGAGGUUUUAUAUAAUAUAGUCGGGUAAUGACAGUUUAGUCCUUCGUUUUUCUUGAACUUGCUUCGUUUUUCUUGAACAAGUUCUUUUUUUAUCCAUCUUAGUCUCGUUGUUACCGCCUUGGUCUGUAUUUACCCAGUGCUCUAGACUCGUGCUCACAUGUCAUGUAUGUUAGAAAAUCUUUUACUUCUCGUUACGGUCUUGAUAGAUUAGAGUCGAAUGAGACGUGGAUGACAUUGGAAUCGAUGAGCAAAAUAAGUAUAUCCGGUCUAUAGUUUCGAGUCAACUAGGACGUGAAUCCUAGUAAUAGAUUCAGUGAAAAUUUUAACAGAUGGACAUAGUUCAGAUACUGGAAUAUGAAAGGUUAUCAAUCUUUGCAAGUCUGUCUUUUCAACCUCUGUAAAAAUGGCUGGGAGUUUACUCGUUGGAAUUCAGUGAGGCUGUUUGUUUGUUUCUUCCUUCCUUUCUUCCGUAUGGUGCCGUGUCUUAUUCUAUGACCUGUGUUUUGUUUUGAGCUUCAACUGAUUUGGCCUUCAAUGCCAACUGAUUGCUGGUGAGGACCUUGGAUUCCCCUUCAAUGGCGGUUCCCACGUCACUGACUAGCUGUCUGUCGGUGGGCUCUGAACUUUGAAGAGAAAGGAGAGUACUUUCUGUAGUAUUAUUGCUAUGGUUUACCUUCUUGGCAUUAUGCAUCAUUAGUUAGUAGUAGUAUAGUAAAUAAUACCUAACCAGAUGAAAACAACAGUUCCCUUUUGUCUGAAUCCGAUUCUCGCCAUUCAGGAAAACAAAACAAACAGAUCUAACCUGCGAAUUAAGAAGCCAUUGGCUUCUACCAGAAAUGGCGUUUUGGGAGGUGAGUUGUUUAGAUGAAUGUCAUGUGUCUUGGAACCUCAGAUUAAUGUGAUAGUAUAUGAAGAGAAUUGGACGAAGAGCUUGGAAAGAAAGCAAGAAGUGGCCUGCGGCUGAUUAGGGAGAAGAGAGGAAAUUAGAGAUGAGAGAUAUGUUGACCUAUCCUUUGAUUAAUACGUAACUGAAUGACGAAAUUACAUUAUAUAAGCUACAUGCUAAAUCCUAAUCACUAACCACUUGAUAAAUCCCUAACCUAUCCCUAGCCCAUACAUGUAUAUCUGACACACACGUAAAUGGAAAAAACAUAGUCGUUGAUAUGUUGUAUAUUCCAAGUUCGAUUCCACUUGUUUUUUAAUCUUGCAAGCCAUGAAGAUGCUGGACUAGGAUUUUCGGAUAGAAUCGACAAAUUUGCUUUAUGGAACAAAUCUUUUAAGGAUUUCAUCCGCGCGAAAAAAAUUAUGCUAUGUUAAGAAAGCAUCAAUAGGUAUACCUAAAUACUUAUUGGAGUAUUGAACUCUGAGUAGACCAUAGCAUAAUUGUGUUCUCUUUGGUCUUUACUUACCUUUGAAUAAAUUUACUAAACAAUG